AUGGACUCAACGCUACCCACGAUUAACUCACAGGCAGAGCAGGACUUCAUCAAUAAUUUAAUUGUCAAAUACAAAAUGGUAGAAAAUAUAUGGCUCGACGCCGGCAUCAAAAACAAGCACAUCGUAUGGAAGGACAGUAGUAGUGGUGAAUACGAAAAUUGGAUGACUGGCCACCUCGUCGACGAUAGUAACUGCGUGGAGCUGAUACACGAUCAGGCGAACAUGGGCGAAUGGCAAGACAUACCUUGUAACAAGAAAAAUGCAAUUUUAUGUAAGCGAGUGGUGAUUUGGUCUGCGCAGCGUAUGGAGCGUUUGAUUAGGGACAAUCGACGAUUGUUGAACGAAGCACUAGCUGAAAUAUCACAAUUAAAGCAAAGUCAGGUGCCCAUGGGUUUCAUAUAUGUACAGAUGCCCUCGCAGUCAGCGCCCAAAACACUGUGGCCCGCAUACGAGUGGUCAGAUGUGACGGACACAUACGCGGGUCAGUUUUUCCGGGCCGACGGCGGAGAUAGCCUAGGGUUUAAUAAAGCAAGUUUACUGAGCUGGGCCAAUGUUUGUGGCGAUGGUUGGGACUUAUUUCAUGACAGUUACUACGAUGUAUGCUAUAAAUAUGUGCCAGGUGGUUUGGAUGACUACAACACUGUAGUGAAUGGUUGCCAAAAACAACUCGACUCAACCCUACCUACAAUUAAUUCACCCACAGAACAAGCCUUCAUAAAUCAAAUGAUUGUCAAAUACCAAAUGGUAGACAAUAUAUGGCUCGACGCCGGCGUCAAAGACAAACACAUCGUAUGGACGGACAGAAGUAGUGGUGAAUACGAGAAUUGGAUGUCCGGCCGACCCGUUAACGAUGGCAACUGUGUUGAAAUGCAAACAGACAGUGCCAACCUUGGUAAAUGGCUGGAUGUAUCAUGCACAAAGAAAAAUGCCUACGUAUGCAAACGUGUGAUCAUGUGGUCUGAUAAACGUAUUGAGCGCAUUGUGAGUGACAUUCGCCGGGUAUUAGACAAAACUGUGGUCAAAAUGAAAGAAAUUGAACAAUAUCAGGUGCCCAUAGGCUUUAUAUAUAUUCAACUUCCCAAUCAAACUGAUCCUAAAUACUUGUGGCCUAAAUAUACAUGGGAGGAUGUAACGUCAAAUUACGCGGGUCACUUUUUCCGGGCCGAAGGUGGUGGAAGUUUGGGUUUUGAGCAAGGUACUCAGUCUGAGAACGCACCACGAUUAUGA